UUUAUCACACUUUUUACAAUUGAUCAUGUCUUUGCUUUCUUCUCUCAUUGUUGGUAUCUGUACUGUCUGUUCCCUUGUAGGCCUAACUUUCUUUGUUGCCUCUGCAUAAGAUAUUCCUUGAGUGGCUUUUAUUCUUUGUACCUCUUGCAUUCUUUUAUUUACCUCACACCCUCGGUAUGCUGAACUAUGUUCUCCACCACAGUUGCAACAUUUAAGUUUGGCUUCCUUAUCACAUUGUCCAUAGUCAUGCUCUCCACUACAUUUACUACAUCUCAUUUUUCCCUUACAGACCGCUGCAAUGUGACCAAACCGUUGACAUUUGUAGCAUCUAACAGGUGGCGGUCAAGAAGUCAGAUUAUUUACUUCAAAAUGCCCCUCUUUGGCAAUAUUUUCAGUCCCAAGAAAACACCACCUCGAAAGUCUGCAUCGCUUUCCAAUCUACAUACACUGGAUCGGUCGACCCGGGAGAUUGAAUUGGGUCUGGAAUAUGGAUCUCCUGUGAUGAACAUUGGUGGUCAGAGCCUCAAAUUCGAAGACGGCCAGUGGAUUUCAGAGUCAGCUGGAAAUGUGUCAGGAAAAGAAAUGCAGCGAGUGAAGAAGAGGAAUCUACAGUUAGAGGAGGAGAAUAAUCUUCUCAGGCUGAAGAUUGAAGUUCUUUUUGAUAUGCUUUCAGAAUCGACAGCAGAAACACAUCUAGUACAGAAGGAGCUUGAAGACAUGAAAAGCAGUUAUAGGAGAAAGAAAUAAAGGGAGGACACUUUUUAUAUCACUUUGUAUGUUUAGCUUUUUUACAUUUCAUUUGCUAUUUUAUUGGCAAUUAUGUAAGGAGAUGAUGAAGAAAAGUUUUUUCAAGGAUAUACACUACCAGUCAAAAGUUUGGGGUCAGUUUUUUUUAAAAGAAAAUGAUUCUGUUCAUCAAGACUGCAUUUAUAAAAUGUAAAAAAAAUUUAAUUGUUAAAUAUUAUUAAAAUAUUAAAUAACUGCUUAUUGUAUGUAGUUUUAAAUGAAAUUCUUACUUCAGUGAUUAUUGCUUUUAUUACUAUUACCAUUAAAACUAAUAAUAAUAACAACUGUAAUAUUAAUAAUUAAUAUUAGAGUGAUUUCUGAAGGAUCAUGUGACUCUGAAGACUGGAGUAAUGAAGCUGAAAAAUCAUCAUUAAAAUGACUGGAAUAAAUGAUUACAUUAAAUUAUAAAGCACUUUUGAACAUUUUUGUUAUUUUAUAGUGCAUAAACAUUUCACAAUUUUACAAUUAGAACUGUAUUUUUGAUUUAAAAAAUGCAGCCUUGGUGAGCAGGAGAAGCUUAUUUCAAAACAUUUAAAAAUCCUACUUAUGUUAGUAUAUAUAUAAUUUGUUUAGAUUUUUAUAUUACCUUAAAAUGUGCUCCAAUUAAAAAAGAUUUUUUUUAUUUAUUUUUUUUUUUACAUUCAUGCCAAAAAUCAUAAACACAAUAGUGCAACAUUCAUUUAUAUACAAGACAAUCUUGUCCAGCAUAUUUACAACUAGAAUCAUCAUUGUGCAAAUUCAAAUACUUUUUUUAAGCAUACCAGUGCUGCCCAAAAAUACAAAUUACAUUUAAUUGAAAUCUUUUUACUUUGUAGCUAUAUUCAUCAAGCCAUUAACUAUUAUAAAAAAGAAACAUUUCAUUAAUUAAAAUAUAACAAUAUGUAUAGUCACUUCUGUUCUUCAAUAUAUAUUUAAUAAAUACAGGUCUGCAUAAGUAUGCUUGUGUACAUAACUUAAUGAUUAUUCAGUUAAUAGUUAUGUAACAUUGUUUUUAUCCAUAUUGUAAUGCUUUGUUCUCGCAAAUGUUAUUUAAAAUAUUAAAACAAUUUGCUUUCAUUUAUAUGCUUUCUAUGUGCAUAAAAUUACUUUAGCGAAUUUAAUUUGAUGACACUUAAAUGUCUUUGACUCAUGAAUAAUAAAAACUAGGUUCAUAUAAAGGCAUGUUUAUGCAGUUUUUUUUAUUUAAAAUUUGUGUUGUGUUUUAAGUGAAUCACCCCAAAACUAAAUCUUUCCUAAAACAGGCUGCUGAUUUUAAUCAAAAGAUUUCAGAUCACAUAAAAAGCAGAAAAUUCUCACUCUUUGUAUGUUCGAAUACAAUAACCAGUAACCUUGCAUGUGUAGUUCUGAUUGUGUAUUCAAAUCACAGCAAACAAAUGCACUCUUUCUUCUAUUUCACAAGAUUAUUUAAAAGCUGUAAAGGUUUAAACAUGUACAUGCUGAUUUAAGAGGAUUUUCAUAUGGAGUGUGAAGCACGUACUACAUGCCUAAUGUUAUGUAACACUGCUCAUGUUUUUUCUUUCUUCAUUUUAAAACAAUUAAAAGAAUAUCUGAAUAAAUGUUGUACUGAAUUUA